AUGCAUGCUAUUGUUUUAGCCGUGUUGGUAUGCUUUUCUUAUGUUUUCGAAAACUUAUUUACUAUUUGCCAGCUAUGCGAUCCCUCCGUUGUGUACAAAAUGAAAAAUAUCGAGUGCCUGACUGUGAACGGUUUCUCGGCAAACGCUUCGUGCCGUUUAAAGGCCGUUAACUGGAACAAAGCUGUGGCCCAAAUGGACGUGGAUCUCGUAAAGCCCUUGUAUAACAUAUCAGUUCAAUUUGAGGUCCUCAAAAGAGACUACAGUAAUAAAUUCCAACCGUUUCUUAUAAAUGUGGUCUUAAAUGUUUGCGAUUUAUUCUCAAAGCGAAGUUUUAUGCCAUACGGUUUAAUGAUUCUUAAAGUUGCCAAGCAAUUUUCAAAUUUUAAUCAUAGCUGUCCCUUUUCCGGUCAUUUACUCGCACGAGACGCUUAUCUUCCCGACUCGUCUUUCCCAAACUUUUUCCCAUUGGAAAGGCAGCCAAACUCACACGUCGGAGGUAUUGUGUGGUAUGUGCAGGCAAUGCAGCCAAUCCAGACCAAGAGGAAUCCGAAGUUACGCGCAUCCCGAUAUUAA